AUGACGACACGAACGACAGCUUCCUCCUCCUCAUCAUCGUCGGCACGUAUUCAAAACAUGAUCCGACAUAAGGAGCGCUUGUUUUCUGAUGCUUCCAAUGAUGAUCAAAGCAACAGUAACAACAAUGAUGAUGAUGUCGAUGAUCAGUAUUAUGGAAAUUUGAAUCACUCUUCGACGAAUAUAAGCAUUUUGGAGAGCUCGAAUCAUUAUAAUUCUAAUACCAACAAUAAUCGUAGUAGUAAUAUUUUAAAUAAUAGUGGUAACAGGACCUUACAGAAACGACCCACGACUCUUAGAAGACCACAAACAGCUAAAGGUCGAUCUCGCAAUGCUUCCGACAUACAGAAUUCUACAACAAGGCUUCAAGGAAAGCAAAGGAGAGGGUUUGGAGAUUUGUAUGAAGAUGAUGAAGAGGAAUUUGAUACAACAGGAGGUGCUGCACAUUCAGGAGAUGUCUCUCAGCUCGAGUUGGCUUCUCUUAAUAAUUCCGAUGAAGAAUUGCCUUCAUCCUACAAUGAAACAAUUUCAAGGAGGAAUCCUAUGACUGACAAAAUAACAAGCGGAGGAGUGGCACAACGAUCCAACAAUCCUACUAACAACAACAAACAAAAUCAGGAAAAUCUCUCUUCGAGCCAAAAGAGCAAUAAGGAAGCAGACACUUUAAAAAAGACUUCACCGUCUGUGACUUCGUCAAUUUCGUCCUCUCUUAAUAGUGCUCAAUUUUUAAGUAUGAAAUCUGGUCAUGAAAACACAAACUCCUCCACUUUGAAUCCUCCUUUCUUUAAGAAAAAUGUGGGAAGUGGCAUGAUUGCUUCGGCUCCCUCUUCUCCCGCGAAACGAUCUCAUCCCAACUCGUAUUUAAGGACAAAAAUUCUGAAUGCACCAAAAUCCCCAAACACUUCGAUCAACAACAAUUCACAAAUUGUCAAUUCCAAUCAAAAUACCUUUCAAAUGAUUAGCUCUCUAUUUGAAAAGAAAAUUCAGAGAUUGGAGACUGAAAAGAAAAAUUUACAACAACAAAUAGCUAUGGAACAAGAGAAUACAAACAAGGUGAUUGUUGAACUUGUACAUAAGAAAGCACACGAAUUGAAGUUAGACGAGCAACAGGGGCAAAAUUUGAUGGAUUUAGUUUCUGGAAAAACAACCAUUGCAAGACUGAAGAAGGAAAUUUCAAAUCGAGAUGAAAAAAUUGAAAUGAUUGAGAAAGAGAGAGAGGAUUUGAAUAAUAGAAUUGAAGAAAUUUCUCAACAGUACGAGCAAGCUUUGAAUCAAAUUAAAAAACUGACCUUUGAAAAGGAACAAAGUCAAAAUUCCGAGUUUGAAAAGGUAGACAACAUUAACAAACUCGAGGAGCUGAACUUGCAAAUUCAACAGGAUAACAAUGAACUCGAAAAUGAGCUGAAUACUCUCAAAACAACGAUCGAAGAGUUACAGAAGGAAAGAGAUGCCUUCAGAGAAAAAUGUGAGACGACAGAAUCUCAACUCAAACAAAUGUUAGCAUUUCAGAGACAAAACCAAUCGUUGGUGGCAGAAAAUCAACGUUUAGCAGCACACGCCCAGCACUGUGAAUCCCAGUUUAAAAUUAAGUUACAAGAAUAUGAAGAGAUUAGCAAAGUUCAAGACGAAUUAUUGCGAGCCAUUGCCGAAGAGAAGAAAAAAGUUGCUGAAUUAACCAAAAGUUCUUCCGGCGAUUUACAAUCUAAAGAAAAACUAGCAAAAGAGAAUGAGCGACUAGAGUUACUUGUGGAUAAGUUGUCGUCUGAUUUUAAGCAAAAGCAACUCGAAAAUAUUGAGCAACGCAAUCUAUUACUAUCCCAAUUUGAAAAUAAGGAAACACAGCUUGUCGAAGAAAAUCAAAAGCUCAAAAGAGAUCUCGAAGAAUUGAAUGCACGAUUGUCACAAGAGCAAAAAGUGAACCAAAACACACAACACAGCCAACAACAACGUAUUUCACAACUCACGGAACAAUUAAAGGAACAAACAGAGAGUUUGAAGAACAUUAUCAACGAAAACAACAAUGAAGCAGCUCUCACCAAACAAAAACACUCCCAACAAGUAGCAAAACUUAAGAAAGAGUUGCACUCCAGCUUUGAAAUGAUCAAACUGCUUCGAGAGGCCAACAAAAAGAUGGAAGAAAAUUUCACGAAUCAACAAAAGAUCAUCACCUCCAUGGAACUCCAACUAGAAACAGCUCAAGCUCAAAACAAAGACUUGAAAGAACAACUUGAAAUUCUCAAGGUCAAGCUUCCCAAAUUGUUGAAAGCAAGUCUCUCCUCCAAGUAA